CAGCUCCCCGGGGACCGAGUGGGGAGAUCCCGGCUCCUGUCCUCUCCUCGCCUCCCGCGCGCUCGCCCAGGCUGGGAGGAGGAAACGAGAGCCGCGCGCAGACACCUCCUCCUCCUCUCCUCCUCUUCCUCCUCCUCCUCCUCCUCUUCGGCUGCUGCUCCUGGUGCAGCCACAGUCCGCCGGUGCCUGUUGCUGCCGCCGCCGCGGGACCCGCUGUGUCCUCAGCCGGGUGGAGAAGAGAGGGGCGCAGAGCCGAGGGGAGCCCCCUCCCCGGCCCCCAGCGGCGGGAAGAGCGCAGCCAGCCCGGCACGAUGGACGCCCCGCCCGCCCAGGCCGUCCCCAGGAUGCCCCCAAGCACCUGCGCGUCCCGACCUGGCCCCGGGCUCUGAGCGCGCCGCGGCACAGGUUUCUGCAUAUGAAGUGUGUAAAAUAGAUUGCUUGAUCUAAAACAGAAAAACAGCGGUAACUGUUUUGCUGAGUUCCCAGACCCUUCCCAAGAUGGAACCAAUAACAUUCACGGCAAGGAAACAUCCGCUUCCUAACGAGGUCUCGGUGGACUUUGGCCUGCAGCUGGUGGGCUCCCUGCCUGUGCAUUCCCUGACCACCAUGCCCAUGCUGCCCUGGGUUGUGGCCGAGGUGCGAAGACUCAGCAGGCAGUCCUCCAGAAAGGAACCUGUAACCAAGCAAGUCCGCCUUUGCGUUUCUCCCUCUGGACUGAGAUGUGAACCUGAGCCAGGGAGAAGUCAACAGUGGGAUCCCCUGAUCUGUUCCAGCAUCUUUGAGUGCAAGCCUCAGCAUGUUCACAAACUGAUUCACAACAGUCAUGACCCAAGUUACUUUGCUUGUCUGAUUAAGGAAGACGCCGUCCAUCGGCAGAGUAUCUGCCAUGUGUUCAAAGCCGACGAUCAAACAAAAGUGCCUGAGAUCAUCAGCUCCAUCCGUCAGGCGGGGAAGAUCGCCCGGCAGGAGGAGCUGCACUGCCCUUCUGAGUUUGAUGACACAUUUUCCAAGAAGUUCGAGGUGCUCUUCUGCGGCCGCGUGACAGUGGCGCACAAGAAGGCUCCGCCGGCCUUGAUUGACGAGUGCAUCGAGAAGUUCAAUCACGUCAGCGGCAGCCUGGGGUCCGAGAGCCCCCGCCCCGCCCCGCCCCAUGCCGCGCCCACAGGGAGCCAGGAGCCUGGGCGCAGGCCCAUGCGCAAGUCUUUCUCCCAGCCCGGCCUGCGCUCUCUGGCCUUUAGGAAGGAGCUGCAGGAUGGGGGUCUCCGAAGCAGCGGCUUCUUCAGCUCCUUCGAGGAGAGCGACAUUGAGAACCACCUCAUUAGCGGACACAAUAUUGUGCAGCCCACAGAUAUCGAGGAAAAUCGAACUAUGCUCUUCACGAUUGGCCAGUCUGAAGUUUACCUCAUCAGUCCUGACACCAAAAAAAUAGCAUUGGAGAAAAAUUUUAAGGAGAUAUCCUUUUGCUCUCAGGGCAUCAGACAUGUGGACCACUUUGGAUUUAUCUGCCGGGAGUCUUCUGGAGGUGGCGGCUUUCAUUUUGUCUGUUACGUGUUUCAGUGCACAAAUGAGGCUCUGGUGGACGAAAUUAUGAUGACCCUGAAACAGGCUUUCACAGUGGCCGCAGUGCAGCAGACGGCUAAGGCGCCAGCCCAGCUGUGUGAGGGCUGCCCCCUGCAGGGCCUGCACAAGCUCUGCGAGAGGAUAGAGGGAAUGAAUUCUUCCAAAACAAAACUAGAACUGCAAAAGCACCUGACAACAUUAACCAAUCAGGAGCAGGCGACUAUUUUUGAAGAGGUUCAGAAAUUGAGACCAAGAAAUGAACAGCGAGAGAAUGAAUUGAUUAUUUCUUUUCUGAGAUGUUUAUAUGAAGAGAAACAGAAAGAACACAUCCAUAUUGGGGAGAUGAAGCAGACAUCGCAGAUUGCAGCAGAGAAUAUCGGAAGUGAAUUACCACCCAGUGCCACUCGAUUUAGGCUAGAUCUGCUGAAAAACAAAGCAAAGAGAUCUUUAACAGAGUCUUUAGAAAGUAUUUUGUCCCGGGGUAAUAAAGCCAGAGGCCUGCAGGAACACUCCAGCAGUGUGGAUCUGGAUAGCUCCCUGUCUAGUACAUUAAGUAACACCAGCAAAGAGCCAUCUGUGUGUGAAAAGGAGGCCUUGCCCAUCUCUGAGAGCUCCUUUAAGCUGCUCGGCUCCUCGGAGGACCUGUCCAGUGACUCGGAGAGUCAUCUCCCAGAAGAGCCAGCUCCGCUGUCGCCCCAGCAGGCCUUCAGGAGGCGAGCAAAUACCCUGAGUCACUUCCCCAUGGAAUGCCAGGAACCUCCACAACCUGCCCGGGGGUCCCCGGGGGUUUCACAAAGGAAACUUAUGAGGUAUCACUCAGUGAGCACAGAGACGCCUCAUGAACGAAAUGUGGAUCCUUCACCUGUGGGUGAGUCUAAGCACCGCCCAGGUCAGUCUUCAGCUCCUGCUCCUCCACCUCGUCUUAACCCCUCCGCCUCCUCGCCAAACUUUUUUAAGUACUUAAAACAUAAUUCCAGUGGAGAACAAAGUGGGAAUGCAGUGCCAAAGAGCAUCUCCUACCGUAAUGCCCUGCGGAAAAAACUUCAUUCUUCUUCCUCUGUGCCAAAUUUUCUAAAAUUUCUGGCUCCUGUAGAUGAAAAUAACACCUCUGACUUUAUGAACACCAAAAGGGACUUUGAAUCCAAAGCAAACCAUCUUGGUGAUUCUGGUGGGACCCCUGUGAAGACCCGGAGGCACUCCUGGAGGCAGCAGAUAUUCCUCCGAGUAGCCACCCCCCAGAAGGCGUGCGAUGCUUCCAGCAGAUACGAAGAUUAUUCAGAGCUGGGAGAGCUUCCCCCACGAUCUCCUUUAGAACCAGUUUGUGAAGAUGGGCCCUUUGGGCCCACGCCAGAGGAAAAGAAAAGGACAUCUCGUGAGCUCCGAGAGCUGUGGCAAAAGGCUAUUCUUCAACAGAUACUGCUGCUCAGAAUGGAGAAGGAAAAUCAGAAGCUCCAAGCCUCCGAAAAUGAUUUGCUGAACAAACGCCUGAAGCUCGAUUACGAAGAAAUUACUCCCUGUCUUAAAGAAGUAACUACAGUGUGGGAAAAGAUGCUUAGCACUCCAGGAAGAUCAAAAAUUAAGUUUGACAUGGAAAAAAUGCACUCGGCUGUUGGGCAAGGUGUGCCACGUCAUCACCGAGGUGAAAUCUGGAAAUUUCUAGCUGAGCAAUUCCACCUUAAACACCAGUUUCCCAGCAAACAGCAGCCAAAGGAUGUGCCAUACAAAGAACUCUUAAAGCAGUUGACUUCCCAGCAGCAUGCAAUUCUUAUUGACCUUGGGCGAACCUUUCCUACACACCCAUACUUCUCUGCCCAGCUUGGAGCAGGACAGCUGUCGCUUUACAACAUUUUGAAGGCCUACUCACUUCUAGACCAGGAAGUAGGAUAUUGCCAAGGUCUCAGCUUUGUAGCAGGCAUUUUGCUUCUUCAUAUGAGCGAGGAAGAGGCGUUUAAAAUGCUCAAGUUUCUGAUGUUUGAUGUGGGGCUGCGGAAACAGUAUCGGCCAGACAUGAUUAUUUUACAGAUCCAGAUGUACCAGCUCUCAAGGUUGCUUCAUGAUUACCACAGAGACCUCUACAAUCACCUGGAGGAGCACGAGAUCGGCCCCAGCCUCUACGCCGCCCCCUGGUUCCUCACCAUGUUUGCCUCACAGUUCCCGCUGGGAUUCGUAGCCAGAGUCUUUGGUGGCUUGAAAAAGGAGAGGAGAGAAGGAAGAGGCACGAGAAGAGUCCCACUGAAAGAUAUGAUUUUUCUUCAGGGAACAGAGGUCAUAUUUAAAGUGGCUUUAAGUCUGUUGGGAAGCCAUAAGCCCUUGAUUCUGCAGCAUGAAAACCUAGAAACCAUAGUUGACUUUAUAAAAAACACGCUACCCAACCUGGGCUUGGUACAGAUGGAAAAGACCAUCAAUCAGGUAUUUGAGAUGGACAUUGCUAAACAGUUACAAGCUUAUGAAGUUGAGUACCAUGUCCUUCAAGAAGAACUUAUCGAUUCCUCUCCUCUCAGUGACAACCAAAGAAUGGAUAAACUAGAGAAAACCAACAGCAGCUUACGCAAACAGAACCUUGACCUCCUUGAACAGUUGCAGGUGGCAAAUGGUAGGAUCCAAAGCCUUGAGGCCACCAUUGAGAAGCUCCUGAGCAGCGAGAGCAAGCUGAAGCAGGCCAUGCUUACCUUAGAGCUGGAGCGGUCUGCCCUGCUGCAGACGGUGGAGGAGCUGCGGCGUGGGAGCGCAUCACCCAGCGACCUCCAAGAGCCUGAGUGCACGCAGCCCGAGCCCACGGGCGACUGACAGCUCUGCAGGAGAGAUUGCAACACCAUCCCACACUGUCCAGGCCUUAACUGAGAGGUUCGGAAGACGCUGGAGGGAGAGAAGGAAGCGGAAAGUGUGCUUCUCAGGGAGGAAACCAGCUUGUCAGCAAGUAGAUUCUUACGAACUCCCACUUGCAAUUCAGGGGACAUGUCCCAGUGUUUUUGUUGUUGUUUUUAGAUACUAAAUCGUCCCUUCUCCAGUCCUGAUUACUGUACACAGUAGCUUUAGAUGGCGUGGACGUGAAUAAAUGCAACUUAUAUUUUCUUGUUGGUUCCUUUUUCAGUAUCACUGUGUUUGUAAAGAGCAUUCACAAUACUGUGGAAUUUCAAAAGCUGGAAGAGCUCGAGAUCAUUCCUCAGGCAGACGCGUGGGUCCAUCCUUCUUCCAAGAGGGUUUGUGUGACAACUACACCCUCUGUCACUGGCAAGGUGCAGUUGGCUCUCGCCCAUUCUUGUUAUGGAAACCUAAGAUGAUCAUUGGGAAGAAUGGAAAGUGAUUUAUUUAAUUUGGAUAUCCUGAUCACUGUCAAGUGAAAUUGAUCUCUCUGGUAUUUAAGACGGUUUGUCUUUAAAAAAAUACAGAAUGUUUUCAUACAUUUUUGCUUAUCCCAUAAGUACAGUUGAUCAAAGUCAGAGUAGGCAAAUGCUUAUGGGACAGUUGACACCUUUUAGACCCUACCAGGUAUUGCUAGUAUGUGAGCUGCAGUUGUGGGGUCUGAGAUAUUUCUUUGUGGUAGUUUCAUACCCAUGCUAUAGAGUCAUGUAUUUAUUUUUGCCUGUUGUGUGAUGUAAUGCAAUCAUGUUCCUUUGAGUCUCCAUCCCUUGGAAAUCUGAUUUCUUGCAGAAGGAGCAGGCACAUCAAGAUAUUCAGGGGUGCCCCAAGAGUCUGGGAUUUUCAAAAAAAAAGAUCAGGCUGAAGCUGCAAUCAGAUUUAUGACAGCUGACAGUUUUUCAGAGGUCGCACACAGUGACUCUCCUCUCUCAGGAUGACGAGGAUCUGUGCCUUCAACAAGCAAAAUGCUGCUCACGGUUGUCCUGCUUGCAGCCAGUCACUGUGUAAAGCCUCUCUGAUGUGCAUUUAAGAGUGGUUUGCUUUCUUACAAAGAUGGGGUUCUGUGUAGUCACAGGCCACUUCCUUGACAACACCAUCAUUUCUGAUCUUUAUUACUGUAACCACUUCUUCUAUUCCAUAGGAGUUUCUUUUGAUUCUCUCAGUUGUUGUGGGGGUGUCUCUUAAUCCUGGGGUAAAAGGAGAGUUUGCCAUACUUAGACUCAUUAUGAGUCUCCCCUGCCAUUUCACGAGGAGACCACAGUGCUGCCCCCAGUGCCUAAACAGGUGGCUGGCGUUCAAGACUUCCUCUUGUUCCUGGGUCAGAGGAGAGCGGUUUCCAUCAUAAACCAAGAUGAUGAGUUCAGCCUUUAUCCCUAGUGGUUCCACUAGAUGUAACUUAAAGGAGUGAACAUUCGAGGACUUUGUUCUACAUCAGAUUUUACUAUUUGAAUGUUUACUGUUGGAUUUUGGACAUCUUAUUACUGUUACUCAAAAACAUUGACUCUGCAUCAAGUAAGAAACACGAAAGCAAUAAAACAAGAAAUAAUUCAUGCCCA